GCUAAAAGCUAGUAUGUUACUACACUAGCACCACAUGGGCAGCGUCGUAAAAGCCCAUAAUUGCCGAUCAAGGCUGCCCGAUCACUCGCAGCCACAGCUACGAUGAGCACCGCGCCACAACCGAGCCCAGCCAGCGUUCGCAUCGAACUACUGGCUCCCAAACACUACAGCGAGGAGUUCCCCCUCAUCCUGGACUUUCUCGCCUACAAGCGCUGUUGUUGCUGCAUUCCCGCGAGCGCUGGAGAAACCGAAGCGGGCUGGACGAAGAAGCGCGAAAAAUGGCCCGUUGACAAGCUUUCGCUAAGUGCCGUCGCCAUCGACGCGUCGACAGAUCGAGUCGUGGGCUUCGUCCACUGCUCUGGUUAUGGCCAUCCGUGCGACAUGCACACGCCGAAGGAAGGCGAGAUUUACGUGGACGAGAUCUGUGUCGACAAGGCGUUUCGGAGACGCGGUAUCGGAACCCAAUUGAUGAAUUGGGUCGAGGGCGUGGCUCGCGAGCGAGGGGCGACGAAGCUCUCUCUGCUCGUGUUGCGCGGGAAUCCCUCGUUUGGCCUCUACGAGCGGCUGGGCUACGUGGCGAAGAAACAGUCCUGGUGCAAGGAGUGUCUCGACUGUUGCUGUUUUAGCUUGUUCUUCGGAAGCAAGGGCUAUGAUAUGAUGUACAAGCAGCUCGCGCCGCCGGAGGAGUCGGGGAGCUAAUGUUUGCUAGUGUCUU